UAAUGGACAUGGACUUUUAGAUCUUAUCAAAUUGGGUUUCGGUUCUCACUUUCUUUCCCUUACUCAGAACAUGACAAGGCUAUUAUUUGCAGAUGGUUGUGCAAUUCUCCAAAGGCAUCUGAACUUUGAACAGUAGGCUUUAAUUUUUAUUUUAGUUCACUAAAAUGGCAUUGGUUAUAGAAACAAUUUGCACCAUCAACUACGGUUGGUUUCAACCUCUUUAAAGCAUGGUUUGCCAUUUAUUCUAACAUAUGUACCGUUCUCUUGUUCUGCACGCAGGACAGUCGGUAGCCUUUGGGCCCAGACAUUGCAUGUCUCACCCAAUGGUUGCGUGUAAAGUCAUUGACUGACAGCUUACUAAAACACUGGUCGGCAACAGGUGCUGGCUCAAGGGUGUUAUUUUUUUACGGUUUUGGUCAAACCUUUCAGGGGUUCGGUAAAAAUCUGUUUUAGUAUUCCCACACAAGUCAUGAUCGUCUUAAUGUAAUCAAGGUAUGAAAUUAUGUAUCUUCAAAUACAAUCUAAUUUUGUGCUUGUGUAGUCAAUUUGCAGCGUAAAAAUUAUAAUCGGAUGCGCGGCUGAAUCUAGUUGCCACUACCCAGGCUUUGAAAGAUCUGUCAUGCGUGAGCAACGCCUGGGCAGAGGAACGCACCCCAUCUCAACCUUGCCUGUGGCUGGGGGAGGGGGUUGUGUGGGAGAAACCAGGAAGAGAAAUGGUAUGAAUGUAUUUGACAACUUCAACCUCAUGUAGCCUGAAUAGCUAGUGUCUAUUUGACGAAUACAUUUUACUCGACAUAACGGAGACCCACUUGCUUUAUGUCAAAGCGAAAUAAAAAAAAUUGAACGAUAACCCCGCUUUGAAACCAAAGGUUAAAGUUCACAGGAAGCUGGGGGGCUACCAUUUUUCACUGCUGCUUACAUUUUAGAUGCUAGAGAGGGAGGGGUGGUCGUCGUGGUUUUAUUUAAUUUCUCCCGACUAUUGAGCUUUACACUUUUUUGUUUCGCCACCCCUACUCGCUAACAAAAAUUGAUGUUGCAUGAAUUCGGCAUGGAGAGAAUAGCGGAGCAGUCGUGGAAUUCUUCAUACACCUAUCAGGUGAGCAAGCAUAGCGCGGAGAUGCUACACAACCUCAACAUUCAGAGGAAAGAUGGAGGCAAGUUUUGCGAUGUGAUCUUGCGCGUCGGCGAAGAGAGCUUCCCUGCCCACAAGGCGGUACUGGCGGCGUGCAGCGAGUAUUUCGAGUCUGUUUUUGGUUGUCAAACGGAGGGCGACGGGGAGGCGAAAGAGCUCGAGAUGCAUACGAUAAGUCCCAAAGUUUUUAAAGACAUUUUGGACUUUGCCUACACCUCUAGGAUUGUGGUACGAUUGGAAUGUUUCCCCGAGUUGAUGACGGCUGCUAAAUUUCUGCUAAUGCGUUCUGUAAUCGAGAUAUGCCAAGAAGUAAUCAAACAGUCCAAUGUACAAAUUCUUGUUCCACCCUCAAGAAGAGGCGACGUCAGUUUAUUCCGUGCCACGGGGGGCUCUGAAUUUAGUUUCACAUUGGCUGUAGACAACAUGUCAACUGGGAAUGGCUUGUUUACCAACAAUGGGCAGAAGCAUAAUGUGGAUGGAAAUCGGGCCAAUGAUACAGUCAUGUCGGAUGGCAGCUCCCAGACCUCCAUGCCAGUCCUGCAGCCCGUGUCUCCAUCAGAGAUGACGGGCAACCCGUUCCAAGAAGAGGGCUCUUCGGGUUCCAAGAGAGGCAGGGGGCGACCAAAGAAGGGGACAGUCAUGGAGCCUAUUCAUUACAACAUCAGCACCUCUGACGUUAAAGAAGACAUUGAGCAGAUAUUUCCUUGUGGAAUAUGUGGCAAGGCAUUUACAGAGGCUGUGCGGUUGAGAAACCACGAAGCGCAGCAUGGAGCGUCCAGUCAUGGCGCGAGUAGCGGCGACGGCUUGUCUGGCGAGGGAGGCCCUACCUCGAUAUCGCACUCUGGUCAGCCAGGUCUGUUGGAGAAUGGCAUGCCAUUGCAUGGAGGAGUAGGCCUAGAAAACAGCCGUAAGCGCGAGAGGACGAGACGUCACGUUGGUUGUGACAUUUGUGGGAAGGUGUUCCGAGAUGUCUACCACCUGAACCGACACAAGUUGUCUCAUUCCGGGGAAAAGCCAUAUGCUUGCCAUGUCUGUGGCCUGCGGUUCAAGCGCAAGGACAGGAUGUCAUACCAUGUCAGGUCACAUGAUGGAUCUGUGGGUAAACCCUACCUCUGUCAAAGCUGUGGAAAGGGGUUUUCCAGGCCAGACCAUUUGAAUGGACACAUCAAGCAGGUUCACACAACAGAGAGACCCCAUAAGUGCCAGAUUUGUAAUGCUUCCUUUGCUACAAGAGAUCGCCUGCGUUCCCACCUAGCUUGUCAUGAGGACAAGAUCCCCUGCCAGAUGUGUGGGAAGUACCUCCGAGCUGCAUACAUGACCGACCACCUCAAGAAACACAGUGAAGGACCUCACAACUACUGUGGUAUAUGCAACAAAGGUUUCUCCACUGCAUCCUACCUUAAGGUGCACGUAAAAUCGCACCAUGGCUCACCAUUGCUCCCCCGUACUGCCCAAGCACACGGUGCCUUCCCUGCGCUGCACGGGGAGCCGCAGAUGCACAGCGGCGCCCCCUACCACACGGGACGCCAGUGCACAGUGGAAGGCAAGCAGCCGCCCACCCCGUUCCGCUCCAUCCUGCCUCCAAGCAUAGGCUAUGUCUCUUCUUGCUUUGUGUUGAUCAUCAUCUGCUCUGCUGCUUGUGGGGAAAACCUGCUGCAUCUGUUUUUAAAGCCUGGCAAAAACACAAGCAUACACAAACAUGCACACAAAGCAUAUAGGCAUUCCUGCCUGUGCCUGCGCAGUGAAGCUAACGCUAAAGGAUCCAUCCCCUCUGUGCCUCCAUCAGCUAACAGUAGGGACAAUGUCUUCAGAAGCACCAUAUGUACAGCAGGCUGAUAUUGUGUAUAUAAAGAGAUUUUAGGCCCAUGGCAGAAGAUUUCUUUCUAAAUCAGCAUGCAUGUGUAGUUGUCUGCUCCUCUGCUUGGUUUAUAUAGUGAAGAGAGGAGAAGGAAAGUGAGAGGAAGUUAAUUAGGGAACUUCACUUUUUGCGUUUUACUAGGCAGAGAUCAUGUGAAUUAAGCUAUCAAUAAGGAUAACUUUUACUCAAUGGGUUAGAAUAUGUAUAGGCCUAUUUCUUGAAACAAAACAUGACUUCAUCAAGGUGAGACACAUUUGCAAUUGCAGCAUUUGGCAUCUUCUCUAAUGGGGCACUGCCCCCCAAUGGUCAGUUUUGGGAUACUGCAGGUUGUCAGGGACUCGGUCAGCUCAUAAAAAGCUACAACAAAGAAGUGCAUGUAUGCCUCCCCAUGUUCCAAAUGGCCUUGUUGCUCUUCAGUCAGGGCUCAGACAUACACAGAGACUGUGUUUAGCCUUAAUAGCCUUAGUGCCAUGCUAUUCUGUCUGUGUUCAGCAUGGCAAUGUGAACGCUUUCUGAAAACGCUGUUUGUUGCUUGCUGUCAUCUCCAUCAACUUGUGGCCAUUGGCCAAAUGAUGCACUAUAAUGUUGCAUGUCUAUUGAAUCAUACAGUACUGUGCAGUGUUCCUCUGGAUUCAAUGGAGCCUUUUUCAACUAUUAUUGCCAUGGCAACUAGCAGCAGCCUAUGGAUUCGGCUGUACAGUACUUCACUCUGGCAGAGAGCGAGAAGGAGGUAAAGCUGUGUGGAGAGUAGGCUUGGGUGUUAUACCGUAUACCGGGGUAUUUAGACAUACCAACAGUACUUGGAUUUAUUUUUUUAGUUGGAGGGGGGGGCCCACCUCGGCCACCCUGCCUCGAACUCCAGUUAUGCAUUUGGUUUGUUAACUUGCUACCUAAGUAGCUAGAUGGCAAGAUCAAGCUUCUUGGUUACAGCAGAGACAAUCAAUCCCCUCUUGGAUCAAGAUCCAUGUUCCCCAAAUUGGUUUGUGCGACCGUUAUGUGCCCUUCCGGUAAUGACGUAUACCCUGGUAUGGUACAGAAACAGUAUGAAAAUCUGAAUAUCGCCCAAACCUAGUGGAGAGAGGUUUAGAUUCUAGGUUAAAACCUUGAACUCAAUUCAGUUUUUUAGCUGUAGAAAAUGACUUCCUAGUGAUUACCUAUCUCAGAUCUAAAAUUGUUGCAAUGUGGUGGCAUGCCAGAAUUCUAAAUCUAUUGGCAAACUGCUUUUAUUUAGAAUAAAUCAAGUUGGCUGGCUUGGCAAGUAAUACAGGAAAAAGUUUCAUUCACUGUUUACUGUUUUGUCUAUUGUAAUCACUGGACAAAGUAAAGCUACUAAAUUAUACUUAGUAAGGUCUGGGUAAUAUCCUGACUACAUUGAUGUAUAUAUGGUUUCCGCUGGCUUUGUCUGUUGUCUCUGCUGCCCCCUCUCUACUCUCUGUCUGUCUUUG